UUUGCAAAGGACUUCACCGAUCUACUUUUGCAGUCGCCUCGGACUGUCCAUGUGUUUACUUCCCCCAGCCCGAGGAUUCGAUAUCUAGGUUCCUGUGAAAUGCAACUGAGCAGCCAAAGUACUUUGCGAACACGGGGCGGCAUAAACACCAAAACUUUUUUGUGGAAGGAAAAUGCAAUAAGCAAGCUUGCCGUUUUCCGAUGCGGUGUGGAGUGAGUGUGUGUCGCGCGUGUCCGCACUGGAGGCAUAUGCUUGUGUGUGUACAUGGGGUGUGUUUUUCGGUACGUAGGGAGAAAAUGCUUGCCAACCACCGGAAAUCUCCUGGAAUUUAUUAGAAAAUAAUGGAUUAUAAAAAGAAGGCAGGCGAGGAGCGGCUCUCCCCUGGAGUUGCAAUCCGAUUUGCUGCCGGCUCAGUUUGUUGUGAUUCUUUUUGUUGAUAGGUGUCUGAUGGUAUUCUGAUAACACCCCCCUCUUUUUUCCCCCCCUCGAGCUUUACAGUUUUAAAAAAAAGGAAACAAAAAACCACCCCAAAAUCUCUCCCCAUUUUUUUCGCCCCGUCGGGAUCGCCGUUUCCAUCCAUGUGCUUGCGUCUCCCCCGCGUUCCACUUAAACUAUUUUAAUCCUUGGACCCAAGGAGGAGGCUGAUAGGGGGGUGGAUAAAAAAAGUUCUUCCAAAAUAGUGUGCCCGGGCAGCAGGAUGGGGGAUUUCGCAGCCCCCGCCGCCGCCGCGAAUGGCAGUAGUAUUUGCAUCAACAGUAGCCUGAACAGCAGCCUCGGCGGGGCCGGGAUCGGUGUGAAUAAUACUCCCAAUAGUACUCCCGCUGCUCCGAGUAGCAAUCACCCCGCGGCCGGCGGCUGCGGCGGCUCCGGGGCCCCCGGCGGCAGCUCGGCGGCCGUCCCCAAGCACAGCACCGUGGUGGAGCGGCUCCGCCAGCGCAUCGAGGGCUGCCGGCGGCACCACGUCAACUGCGAGAACAGGUACCAGCAGGCUCAGGUGGAGCAGCUGGAGCUGGAGCGCCGGGACACGGUGAGCCUCUACCAGCGCACCCUGGAGCAGCGGGCCAAGAAAUCCGGCGCCGGCCCCGGCAAGCAGCAGCACCCCAGCAAACCCCAGCAAGAUGCGGAGGCUGCCUCGGCGGAGCAGAGGAACCACACGCUGAUCAUGCUACAAGAGACUGUGAAAAGGAAGUUGGAAGGAGCCCGAUCACCACUUAAUGGAGACCAGCAGAAUGGCGCUUGCGAUGGGAGCUUUUCUCCAACUAGCAAGCGACUCCGAAAGGACAUUCCAACAGGGAUGGAAGCCAUCAACAGUCUGCCCAAUAACAUGCCACUGCCUUCAGCUUCUCCUCUUCACCAACUUGACCUGAAGCCUUCUUUGCCCUUGCAGAAUAGUGGAAGCCAUACUCCUGGGCUUCUAGAAGACCUGAGUAAGAAUGGUAGACUCCCUGAGAUUAAGCUUCCUGUCAAUGGUUGCAGUGACCUCGAGGACACCUUUACCAUCUUGCAGAGCAAGGACCUGAAACAAGAGCCUUUAGAUGACCCUACGUGCAUAGACACAUCAGAAACAUCUCUUUCAAAUCAGAACAAGCUGUUCUCGGACAUUAACCUGAAUGAUCAGGAGUGGCAAGAAUUAAUAGAUGAGUUGGCCAACACAGUUCCUGAAGAUGACAUACAAGACCUGUUCAACGAAGACUUCGAAGAGAAGAAAGAGCCAGAAUUCUCACAGCCAGCAGCUGAGACCCCUCUUUCCCAGGAGAGUGCAAGUGUGAAGAGUGACCCCUCUCACUCUCCCUUUGGACAUGUCUCCAUAGGAUCUCCCCAGACAAGGCCUUCUUCCUCUGGACCUCCCUUUUCUACUGUCUCCAUAGCCACCAAUUUACCUUCUGUUGCCAGCACUCCCGCAGCUCCAAAUCCCGCCAGCUCACCAGCAAACUGUGCUGUUCAGUCCCCUCAAACUCCAAACCAAGCCCACACUCCAAGCCAAGCUCCACCUCGGCCUGGAAAUGGUUAUCUCCUUAAUCCAGCAGCAGUGACAGUGGCUGUUUCAGGGUCAGGCCCUGUGGCUGUGCCCAGCUCUGACAUGUCUCCAGCAGAGCAGCUCAAACAGAUGGCUGCUCAGCAGCAGCAAAGGGCCAAACUCAUGCAACAGAAGCAGCAGCAACAGCAGCAGCAGCAGCAGCAGCAGCAGCAGCAGCAACAGCAGCAGCAGCAGCAGCAGCAGCAGCAACACUCCAAUCAGACUUCAAGUUGGUCUCCCUUGGGGCCUCCGUCUAGUCCAUAUGGAGCAGCUUUUCCUGCAGAAAAACCAAAUAGCCCAAUGAUGUACCCCCAAGCCUUUAACAACCAAACCCCUAUAGUGCCUCCAAUGGCAAACAACCUGCAGAAGACGACAAUGAAUAACUACCUCCCUCAGAAUCACAUGAAUAUAAUCAAUCAGCAGCCAAAUAACUUGGGGACAAAUUCCUUGAACAAACAGCACAAUAUUCUUACUUAUGGCAACACUAAACCUCUGACCCAUUUUAAUGCAGACUUGAGUCAGAGGAUGACACCACCAAUGGCCAACCCCAACAAAAACCCCUUGAUGCCAUACAUCCAGCAGCAGCAGCAGCAGCAACACCGCCCCCAGCCGCAGCCGCCACCUCCACCGCAGCUCCAGGCUCCCAGGGCACACCUGAGCGAGGACCAGAAACGCAUGCUUCUCAUGAAGCAGAAAGGAGUGAUGAGUCAGCCCAUGGCUUACACUGCACUUCCAUCCCACGGACAGGAGCAGCACCCAGUCGGGCUUCCCCGGACCGCAGGCCCCAUGCAGUCUCCGGUGCCCCCUGGCUCCAGCGGCAUGGUGUCCGGAGCCAGUCCUGCGGGUCCCGGGCCCCUGGGCAGCCAGCCACAGGCAGCCAUCAUGAAGCAGAUGCUCAUCGAUCAGCGGGCGCAGAUGAUGGAGCAGCAGAAGCAGCAGUUCCAGCAGGAGCAGCGGCAGCAGCAGCAGAUCCUGGCCGAGCAGCAGUUGCAGCAGUCGCACCUGCCCCGGCAGCACCUCCAACAGCAGCGGAAUCCGUACCCAGUGCAGCAGGUCAAUCAGUUUCAAGGUUCGCCUCAGGACAUAGCAGCCGUGAGAAGCCAGGCAGCCCUCCAGAGCAUGCGAACGUCCCGGCUGAUGGCGCAGAACGCGAGCAUGAUGGGAAUGGGACCCUCACAGAACCCAGGGACCAUGGCCACAGCAGCCGCCCAGUCGGAGCUGGGACUGGCCCCGUAUAGCACCACGCCAACCAGCCAGCCGGGAAUGUACAGUAUGAGCACAGGAAUGACCCAAAUGCUACAGCACCCAAACCAAAGUGGCAUGAGCAUCACCCACAGCCAACCCCAGGGACCCAGGCAGCCUGCCACUGGGCAGGGGGUAGGCAUGGUGAGUGGGUUUGGUCAGAGCAUGCUGGUGAACUCGGCUAUCCCCCAGCAGCACCAGCAGAUGAAAGGGCCAGUGGGCCAGGCCUUGCCUCGGCCCCAGGCCCCUCCAAGGCUUCAGAGCAUCAUGGGCACUGUCCAGCAAGGUGCACAGAGCUGGCCACAGCGGAGCCUGCAAGGCAUGCCUGGGAGGACUAGUGGCGAAUUGGGACCAUUCAACAAUGGCGCCAGCUACCCACUUCAGGCCGGCCAACCCAGACUGACCAAGCAACACUUCCCCCAGGGACUGAGCCAGUCGGUGGUGGAUGCCAACCCUGGUGCCGUGAGAACCCUCAACCCGGCUGCCAUGGGCCGACACGUGAUGCCACAGCUCCCGGGACAGCAAGGGGCCAGCCAGGCGAGGCCCAUGGUCAUGUCCGGUCUGAGCCAGGGUGUCCCUGGCUUGUCCGCAUUCAGCCAGGCCCCAGCCCAGCAGCAAAUGCCCAGUGGCAACUUUGCUCCAAGCAGCCAGAGCCAGCCCUACGAGCGGAACCCGCCUCAGGACUUGUCAUACAAUUACACGGGUGAAGGGGCCGGGGCUUCCUUCGCUGGCCUCGCGGACAGCGCCGACCUUGUGGACUCCAUUAUCAAAGGGGGGCCGGGCGACGAGUGGAUGCAGGAGCUGGAUGAAUUGUUUGGUAACCCCUAGUCAGAGGGGUCCCCAGAGCCACCCUCUAGUGGUUAAAGCUUAAAAGUCAAAAAGAAACAGGAUGUUGACCCAUCCUAGUUUUUUGUUUUAUUGACCCACGUAAACUGAGUUACACUGCAGCUGGCGGGCGGUGGAAGAUCCGGGUGCCCAUCCACAGCCCCCUCGGGCCGCCUUCCACCUGAUCUUCACAGCCGUGGAGAAAGCGCUGCAGUGCAGGCCCCUGCUGCAGAAGACGGAGACGCACAGGGGCGGGGAACAAAGCCAGCAAAGCCCCUCUGCCCCGCGCUCCCCAGAUCUCACCACCCAGCAAGAGCUGUCAAGCCUAGGGGGCUGUAGCCGGAGGGGAGGCACCAUCACCCCUCCUGCCCAGGACCGGAGACUGCAGCUUCGGAGGUACAAGAGACAGGUGCAGAACGCCAGCCGGGAGAACCCCGCAGAGGCUGCCGGGCGGUCACACAGGCCCAGUGCCUAGGCCAGAAAUGCCCUGCGCUCUGGGCAGAACUGGACGUCAGGUGUCAAGACAUGCUGCUGUAUUUGGAAAGUAGACACAAAGAGGGAGGUGGCCACAGGGAGGCGACAAAGGAGUUCACAGGCCCAUCUGUCUUCUGCCCAGGAUGACCCUCGGGAACUAUCAUGGCAUGGCAGGUGGCCACCUCAUAAGACGGCCAACCAGGCUUGGUAAAGGGUCUGUCCAGCCGUCCAGGAAGGCCAGCUCUGUGCUGCAUUCGCUCCUGGUUGGCUUGGAGCUUCCGGCGGCCAGGUACAAUGUGAACACUUCCAGGUCAUGCUCAUCCGUCCUGGUGGCUGUGGAGUGGACAGCGCCCUGCGGGAUCCUGUGUCCACCAGCCUGGCUGCCUUUCUCCCACUCCUUCCUCCUCCUGUCCUCCCCCCUGGCCUGCUCUCGCUGCCCUGUACAGCCUGUCCAGGAAGAAGAGAAGCUUAUGUCUUCAGGGAGCCUGGGCAGAGUCAAAAUCAAGAAGAACUUGGACAGUGCCUGCGAUAACGGGACCCUGGCGUGUUCUCGCUCUCUAGCAUGUACGGAGCUGAAUGGAUCUCUGCUAGAACCGAGUGGGCUGCUGGGAUGUUUGGGCGUGGGUUGACCUGCUGUCCCAGGGAGGAGUGGCCCGGAGGUCGCUGGUUCUGGCACCUUUUGGGAAAAUCCCAUGAGUGAUGCUUGAAAAUCACCCUUUCCCAUUAUCCCUCCUUACCAGAUAGACAAGUACAAAGCCCUGAGUGACGGAGAAGCUAAAAAAAUCCAUUUCUGAAUGUGGAUGACAAAAAGGGCGAGAAAUGGCUCCUUCCAUCAGACCAGCUCAUCCACUUCGAAGCUCUGUGUGGUGGUUCUCUACGACUCGCAUCUGCCCCAAGCAAAAUUGGUCAGAAGGAAUCGACAACCUCCACCAUUCCAAGGCUAGUCUCUCUGGUCCUUGCCUCCGUCCCCUCCCACUGUCCCGUUCUGGAGACCAUGUGGCAUAAGGAUUGUCCUAUGUAAGCAUGGUGUGCAGUUUCUCCCGUCCCCUCCUCCUCUGUGUCCUAGUCACACACAGCUCACCACGAAGAGAGCCUGUGGGCGCUGGACUGGACGGGGCGAGUUCCCGUACAGAGGAGGCAGGAGGCGAGCUCUGCCCUGGACUGCCUUACCAAGGCUUCAAAGUCUGCCCAGCCGGACGCAGGAUGCCCAGCCACUGUGCAGGUUGGCGAGAACCCAGGCAGGAGUGUGCGUGCACCUUUUAGCAGAGGGGGUAGAUGGUGACCUGCAAGGACGCCACCAGGGAAACCCCAAGCGGAAACCUGAAAACCAAAAAGUAAACCAACAAGGCAACCCAGAAUGAAUACAAAAUUACCUUUUGCUGAAAGACAGGAAAUAAAUAUCUAAAACAACAGCGAGAACCUGAGGUGACUGAUGGAGAGAAGGCGGGCUCUGUUAUCUUCUAGAAGCUUCCUCCUGGUUCUGGGACCAACUCACACAGAGGUAGAUUUUAAGAAGGUGGUUUUGUUUUUGUUUUUACUACGGUGCUGAUGUAUAUGUAAUGUCCAAAAAAAAAAUUAUUUGUACAUAGGUUUUUACAAUACUGCAGAUAUCACUGGGUCUACUAUCUGUAAAAAAAAUAUAUAUAUA